AUGGUAACAAUAGAAAAAAGUUCAGAGAAUAUUAAAACUCAGUCAAAUACUUGUUUACAACUAAAUACAAGUAUUGAAAAUAAUAAUAAUGAAAAUUUUAAAAAUAUACAAAUUGAAUCAGAUAUUGAUAUUAAAAAUACUGAUAGUUUAGAAAAUGCACCAUUUACAAUAGAUGAAAAUAUAGAAAUUAGUGAUGUUGAAAAUAAUCAAUAUGAAGAUUUAGAUGAAGAUAUGGAAAUUAGUAAUAUUGAAAAUAAUCAAUAUGAAGAUUUAAGUGAAACUAGAAAUGAAAUAUUGAAUAUCUUUAUGAAUAAUGAAAUCGAUCAAUAUGAAGAGAAAGCUAUAACCUGGGUCGAAACAUAUCCAGUGAUUAGUCAUCCACAUGACUUUUUUCAUGUCUUGGUUUCUACUGAUAAACGUCGUCAACUUAUUUUUACUGGUCUAGAAAUUAAUACUUAG